UGACUAUUUGAAGCAUUGUGUCCUGUACAGAGAGGUAUAGUGUAAGGGCAGUGUGCUGUACUGUACAUAGAGGUACACAGUGUGGUGUCAGUGUGCUAUACUGUACAUUGUGGUGGAGGUGUACUUUACAGAGGGGUACAGUGAGGUGGCAGUGUGCUGUACUGUACAGAGGGGUGCUGUGUGGUGGCAGUGUGCUGUACAGUGUGGUGUAGGUGUACUGUACAGUGAGGUACACAGUGUGGUGUACAGUACAGUGUGGUGGAGGUGUACUGUACAGAGGGGAACAGUGUGGUGGCAGUAGGUUAUACUGUACAGAGGGGUGUUGUGUGGUGUCAGGGUGUUAUACGUUACAGAGGGGUGCUGUGUUGUGGCAGUGCGUUAUACUGUACAGAGUGGUACAGUUUGGUGGCAGUGUGUUAUACUGUAUAGAGGGGUACAGUGUGGUGACAGUGAGUUUUACUGUACAGAGUGGUGCUGUGUGGUGGCAGUGUGUUAUACUGUACAGAGGGAUGCAGUGAGGUGACAGUGUGCUCUACUGUACAGAGGGGUACAGUUUGGUGGCAGUGCAUUGUACUGUUCAGAGGGGUACAGUGUGGUGGCAGUGUGCUGUACUGUACAUUGUGGUGCAACUGUACUGUACAGAGGGGUACAGUGGGGUGGCAGUGUGCUGUACUGUACAUUGUGGUGCAACUGUACUGUACAGAGGGGUGCAGUGGGGUGGCAGUGUGUUGUACUGAUAGAGGGUUACAGUGUGGUGGUAGUGUGUUGUACUGUAUAAAGGGGUACAGUGUGGUGGAAGUGUUCUGUACAGAGGGGUACGAUUUGGUGGCAGUGUGCUGUACUGUAUAAAGGGGUACAGUGUGGUGGAAGUGUUCUGUACAGAGGGGUACAGUUUGGUGGCAGUGUGUUGUACUGUAUAGAGGGGUACAGUGAGGUGGCAGUGGUCUGUACUGUACACUGUGGUGAAGGUGUAUUGUACAGGGAACUGACAAACAGAGCAUUCUCUUGACUACGUAAAGUGGUACAGAGUAGAGGCCAAUUGUACUGGUACAGCGUGGGUUCAAAAUGCAGAAUGUUUAUGGAGAGCCAAAGAACAAAAUGAAAGGGUGCGGUGUAACCGAUGAUGAUGGUGAUGCAGAUGACUAUGAGAAUGUGAGCAACAUUAGGAGUAUACCAGCUGUUCCAGCAAGAGAGAAGAAGGGGACUGAAGCCACUGGCAGGAGGGAAGACCUGCAGCUAAAAUGCCUGGCUAAACCUGGAAACUUCAAUGAUAGAGGGAAAAACCAUAAAGAAAAUGUUGUGACGCGGACAGUCCCAACGUUUCAUCCACCAGCUAUAGGCCUUAAUUUCUCAUCAACAGCUGUAAAUGCAGCAUUCAGAGACCUGACAGAUGCUCCAAGUUCUGAGACGAACCACAAAGAUGGUGGAUUUAAACUAAUGAUAGUGAUCUGGCUGAUCCUUAUGUUCGUGCUCUACAUUAUAAUAAGCGGCAUCAUGAUCAUAUUUUACGUGAACUUCUCGGAUCAACUCUCAGACAUGAAUCAAAAUGUCUCUCUAGCCCAAGAGUCAACCAAGAAGGAAAUAGAGCUUUGGAAGGAGUACCUGAAGAAAGACAACCAGGCGAAUGAAAUAAAUGCUCUAAAGACUGAUAUAAAAUCCAUUAAAAAACUGUUGGGCCUGUGCGGUAUAUGUCCUGCUGAAUGGACAUUGCUGGGUUCCACGUGCUAUUUUCUAUCCAAUGCUCACCAGACCUGGGAGAAUUCACAAAAGGAAUGCAGCAAACUUGGCUCCACCCUCCUCAUUCUGAACAGCAAGAAAGAAUUGGAAUCAUUGGGGCCAGUAAUUGGAAAUAAAAGGUUCUGGAUUGGGCUGAGAAAGGCCAAUGCCAAGAACUGGAUUUGGGUGGAUGGAACAGCCCCAGCGUUCACCAACUGGAAUAAUGGUGAACCGAAUAAUGCCGCCUAUCGUGAGCACUGUACAGAAAUGAUAACGGGAGGAUGGAAUGACUUGGACUGCAGCAAUACAAUAGACUACAUAUGCAAAAGAUCGCCCGAUUGCUGAGUGUACGACACUAACCAAUGACUGUGUAAAGAAUUAUGGGGAGUUUUCAGAGUUGUUAGCGAACCACAAAAGUUAGCAAUUGGGCAAAACCUUGGGGGUCAUUCCGAGUUGUUCGCUCGUUGCCGAUUUUCGCUAUAUUGCGAUUAGUCGCUUACUGCGCAUGCGCAAGGUUCGCAGAGCGCAUGCGCUUAGUUAUUUUGCACAAAAGUUAGGUGUUUUACUCACGGCAUAACGAGGAUUUUUCAUCGUUCUGGUGAUCGUAGUGUGAUUGACAGGAAGUGGGUGUUUCUGGGCGGAAACUGUCCGUUUUCUGGGAGUGUGCGAAAAAACGCUGGCGUUUCUGGGAAAAAUGCGGGAGUGUCUGAAGAAAUGGGGGGAGUGUCUGGGCGAACGCUGGGUGUGUUUGUGACGUCAAACCAGGAACGAAACUGACUGAACUGAUCGCAAUGGCUGAGUAAGUCUGGAGCUACUCAGAAACUGCUAAGAAAUUUCUAUUCGCAAUUCUGCGAAUCUUUCGUUCGCAAUUCUGCUAUGCUAAGAUACACUCCCAGUAGGCGGCGGCUUAGCGUGUGCAAUGCUGCUAAAAGCAGCUAGUGAGCGAACAACUCGGAAUGAGGGCCAAAGUGCACUCAGAGCCGGCCUUAGGCAUAGGCAAACUAGGCAAAUGCCUAGGGCAUUUGAUAUGCUUAGGGGCACCAGCAGCUUCU